AUGGAGAAAGCAAGUGGAACACAGUCCAUUGCUCUGUCCACAGUGGACAAUGGCCUAGAGAAUCCAGGGCUGGAGCUCACGACAGAAGUAAGUCCUAAGGCAACCAAAAGGACUGAAGAGCAAGAUCACAGUUUUGAGGACAGUCUGGAGUCUCCCUCUUACCCAAGGAAGAAUGUACAGACUUUUAUCAAGGCAAGAAGUUUCUGCAGAAGACAUGCCAACUUGUUCAAGAAGAUCCUGUUGGGCCUGUUGUGUUUGGCUUAUGCUGCCUACUUCUUAGCAGCUUGCAUCCUGGAUUUCCAGAGGGCACUGGCCUUGUUUGUUCUUACCUGUUUAGUGAUCUUUGUCCUGGUUCACAACUUUCUGAAAAAAUUAUUUGGUGAAAAAUUAAUGAGAUGUCUGAAACCCUUUAAAAACUCACGCCUGAGAUUUUGGAUGAAAUGGGUGUUCAGAGGAGCCUGUGUGGUUGGACUUAUCCUAUGGCUGGUUCUAGACACAGCUCAAAGGCCAGAGCAGCUGAUAUCCUUUGCAGGAAUCUGCAUGUUUAUCCUCAUCCUCUUUGUCUGCUCCAAACACCAUAGUGUGGUGUCUUGGAGGACAGUGUUUUGGGGCCUGGGUCUUCAGUUUGUUUUUGGGAUCGUGGUCAUCAGAACUUAUCCUGGAUUUAUUGCAUUUCAAUGGCUGGGAGAUCAAAUACGGAUUUUCCUGAACUACACUGUGGCUGGCUCCAGUUUUGUCUUUGGAGAUACGCUGAUCCAAGAUAUUUUUGCUUUUCAGUCCUUACCAGUCAUCCUUUUCUUUGGAUGUAUGACGUCCAUUCUCUACUAUCUGGGCCUUGUGCAAUGGGUAGUUCAGAAGAUCGCCUGGUUUUUGCAGUUCACCAUGAGAACCACCUCUACAGAGACCCUGGUUGUGGCAGGAAACAUCUUUGUGGGGAUGACAGAGGCACCUCUGCUCGUCCGUCCCUACCUCGCAGACAUGACCCUCUCUGAAAUCCACACAAUGAUGACUGGAGGGUUUGCCACCAUUUCGGGCUCUGUGUUGGGAGCCUUCAUAUCCUUUGGGAUUGAUGCGUCAUCCUUGAUUUCCGCCUCUGUGAUGGCCGCCCCUUGUGCUCUUGCCUUGUCCAAGCUGGUAUAUCCAGAAGUGGAAGAGUCCAAGUUCAAGAGUGUGGAGGGGAUGAAACUGCCUCAUGGGAAGGAGAGGAAUAUCCUGGAAGCUGCCAGCAGUGGAGCCACAGAUGCCAUAGGCCUUGUUGCUAAUGUAGCAGCCAACCUGAUUGCCUUUUUAGCGGUAUUGGCCUUCAUCAAUGCUGUCCUCUCCUGGCUGGGGGAAAUGGUGGACAUUCACGGGCUCACUUUCCAGGUCAUCUGCUCCUAUGUCCUGAGGCCCAUGGUUUUCAUGAUGGGUAUAGAGUGGGCAGACUGUCCAAUAGUUGCCGAGAUAGUAGGAAUCAAGUUUUUCAUAAAUGAGUUUGUGGCCUAUCAGCAAUUGUCUCAAUACAAGAACAAACGUCUCUCUGGAGUGGAAGAGUGGAUCGAGGGUGAGAAACAGUGGAUUUCUGUGAGAGGUGAGAUCAUUACAACAUAUUCACUCUGCGGAUUUGCCAAUCUUAGUUCCAUAGGAAUAACACUGGGAGGCUUAACAUCAAUUAUACCCCAUCGGAAGAGUGACCUGUCCAAGAUUGUGAUUAGGGCCCUUUUCACAGGGGCCUGCGUGUCCUUUAUCAGUGCCUGUAUGGCAGGAAUCCUCUAUGUCCCCAGGGGAGCUGAAGCUGACUGUGUUUCCUUCCUAAACACAAGUUUCACCAAUAGAACCUAUGAGACCUAUGUGUGCUGCAGAGAGCUCUUUCAGAGUACUUCUCUGAAUGGCACCAACCCACCUUCUUUUUCCGGUCCCUGGGAAGACACGGAGUUCAGUGCUUCAGCCCUUGCUAACUGCUGUGAACUCUACACCAAUGCCAUCUGUGCCUAA